AAAUGGAGAUGCGCUGAACUACCUAGAUAGCAAAGAAUUCUUGUUUUAAUUAUAGUGCAAGUGAAACAGUAUUGUGUGUUGACUUGGGUGCAAAUAUUUUAAUGAUAUGUACUGUCUACCUACACAUUACUUUAUGAAGGGAGCCAUUGCACUGAGAACCACAAUUUCGACUCGUUAUUGAACACACUUCGUGGCUCGUUGGUUUUCUGUACGGAUCGCAGAUCGUUAAAAGGUCCCCGAGUUCGAUUCCAGCUAGAGGGUUGUCCUUUUGUGGUUUCUUUACUUGUAGAAAUACUAACAAUUUGACAGUUUGAUUAUUAUCAUUCAGACAUUCAACGUCAACUCGACAGACAGACGACAACUAGACUGAACUGUCAGUAGGUCAGACGGACAACUAUCUGAGUGUUGCCACUACAAACAAAUAUUUUCUACCAACUCGCAUUUACGUUCCGUUUCACACAAGUUCAUUUGUCAACAUGGAAGAACAAUUUCAAUUAUUAUUCGAUAAAAUGAAAAUAGAAAUACAAAAACAGUCAAAUGAUCUCAAAGAAUCGCUUACGAAAAAUAUAAUGGAUCGGAUGGAUGAAAAACUUAAUCCUAUGAUUGAAGAAAAUAGAAUAUUAAAACAAAAAAUCAGUAACCUGGAGAACGAAAUUGAAUAUUUAAAAAAGGAGAAGAGAAGUAACAAUAUAGUUAUUUAUGGAUUGGAGGAGAGUGAAAAAUCGACAUCAGAGCUGUUUCAAAAUGUUAAAGAUAUUUUUAAAAGAGAUUUAGAUUUAUCUGUGGAACAAAAUGAAAUGAACAGAUUGUACCGUUUGGGAAAAAGAAAUGAGAACAAACAUAGACCUGUUUUAUUCUCAUUUACAAACGGAUGGAAAAAAGAUGAAAUCGUAAAGAAUAAAAAAAGUCUUAAGGGAAUCUUUAUAGCAGAAGACUAUUCUAAGGAAGUAAUAGAGAAGAGAAAGGCUCUGCUACCACAGCUACUAGAGGAGAAGAAAAAAGGAAAUAUUACUUUUAUGAAAUACGAUAAACUGAUAGUUAAAGGACCAAACACCGACAAAAGGAAAAGAGAACUAUCCAGUUCACCACAAUCAUCGUCAACUAACAAUCCUAAGAAACAACAAACGAUAAGUUCUAUCAAAACUAACAGAACAAACGCCUUCGAUUUGAUGAGAACCCGAUCAAACUCGCUCUCUGGCGGCUCUAGUCAUAAUAAACUAUAG